AACUUUGUCAACACUAGCCUUACCCAUUAUCAAGAUUAAGGCGGUUUACAAGAGAAGUUCAAAAUGAAGUCCUCUUUCGUUAUCCUGUCACUCUCAUUCAUUCUUCCGAGCGUCUUUGCAGAAUGCGAAACAAACCAGAAAUACUGCGGUGAAUAUCUUGAAAGCAAUCAAGGCUACAACAGGGCAGAUAUUAUAAGUGCAGCGCAAGCGAAUACAGGUUUACCCUCAGAAGCCAGAAACGAGUAUAGAGAUGAUUGGAUGGAGGUCAUAUUCCACUGUGUUGACGGCGAAGAGAUUGCGGCGUUGGAAUUCUGUACGGACGGUGAAGUUUGCAAGGAAAAUAAUGGCGGCACUGGCGCUGAGUGCAAAGUUGAUUUCCCGUUGAUCGAUUAAGAAAGGACGAGGUUGAUUAGCUGAAAUACAUGCCAAGUGUCUAUAGAUAAUGGGAGGAAUAUACAGGUAAUGGCGCAGCCUGCUAAGAAAGCUCAACUCUAGUUCCUUAGAUGUCAACUUAGAAUAAGGAGUUCUCGAUGCCUCUAUAUGUCAUCGCCUUUUAUCCAGCCAUGUAUACGGAGUACUGUGAAACGAAAGCAGGCCUAGUUGUAUUCGGGCAAAAACUAUCCAGCACCGUCAUAGAUGUAACAUUAGAUAUAACAUAUACUGCGUAGUCCAAUCAGAC